AUGGCGACGUCCCUGCUCCGUUCAUUUGUCUCAAUUGAGUUCCAAUGGGGUCGCUGUGUCCAUUUCUUUUACUGUCUAUGGUUAGGACGACUUGGAUCUGUCAAGUGUCUCCUGCGUGAGGGCUGGAGCACACCUCGGACCCCAUUUGUUGCAGCUCUCUGUACUAAAGGGGACGUCCCACCCAAAACAGCAAAGUCAAAGGCUUCAACCAUAGAGGCCGAUGAGAGGGCUUCUCUUCUAGCCUACAAGCCCACAGUUGCCUUCCCUUCUAAGCUGUCUGCCACAGGAUUUCUUCCCACAGACACAGCUUUAGCUGAGUCUGAAACCACUGAGGCUGUGUCCACAGCCGCUGCUAAUGAGACGACAGCUGGGUGUCUAGACGCUGACGCAGCAGCAGCUGAAGAGAUCACUGAAGUCCCAGCUACUAAUGAAGUCCCUACAGGAAGUCAAGCAAGGAAGGCCUCAGAUGUUGAGGCAGAAGGACAGAAAGAUGAAGACGAUAGCUCUUCUUCAUCCUCAUCCUCCAGUGAUUCUGAUUCAGACUCUGAUUCUGAUGAUGAGAAGCCAGAGUCUGAAACACCAGUAAAGUCUGGAGAGAAAGCAGCACAGAAGAAAUCUCCUGGUCUGACGAUGGAAGUAGAUGUUGCAGAUAAGGAAGCAAAGCCUGAAUAUGCUUCACCUGGUGAAGCUCAAGAAAAUCCUGGAAAUGUAACUAAAGCAAAACUAAAAGAGGCUCCCACACCAAGUGCUAAACCAGAAGGAUCAGAUGAGACCCUUGUUGAUCCUGCCCCUAUAUUAUCUUCCUCCACAACUGAAGCAAUUUCAGAAGUGUCCAGUGAAUCAAUUCCAGCUGACACUCCUGACAACACCAUCCACACUGCAACAGAAGUUAAAAUAGCUCCAAAGGAAGAGAUUGUUGUUGAAAAGGAACCAGAAAUCAACGCUGAAGCUGCUGUCAAAGUUGCUGCAGAAGUUGUCCCAGACGUCCCUACAGAACCUAGCCCUGAAGAAGUAACCAAAACUGCUUCUCAUGGAGAAGCUCCUGAGGCGCCUGGAGAUGUAGCAGCUUCGCCUGAGGAUGCAUCAUCCCAAACUGAGGCAGGAACACCAGCAGCCCCUUCAGAAGAGCUGGUCGACCCUGCACCUGUGGCCGCUGAUGCUGUGGAGGCUCGGGCUGAGAGCAACGGUGUGGAGACACCUGAGGAACAAGCCCCGGAGCCGGAGCCCGAGCCCUUUGACAACAGCACGUACAAGAACCUGCAGCACCACCAGUACAACAUGUACACCUUCGCUGAUGUGGAUGUAGAGCUGUGUAAAUACCGUCUGCCCCAGCCUUCCUCAGGCAGACACUGAGUCUGUGCUGCUGCUGCAUUGGUGCACAACUCUGUUUCUUCCCAAUGUUCUCUGUUCUUCAGAUGAUAUACUGGCAAAUCACAAGCUUUAUGCUAGAAUUCUCUAAUUAUGGAAUUAAAAUGAUUUAACUUCAA